AUGCCGGGCCCGCGCCGGUCCUUCUUCACCUGCACAGCCGUUGGCGGCGCCGUGUACGUGGCCGGCGGCCACAACGACAAGAAGAACGUCCUGCAGUUGGCGCUCGCCUACGACCCGGACGCCGACGCGUGGGCGCAACUCUCGGACAUGGCGGAGGAGCGCGACAAGCCGCGCGGGCUUUGCGUCGCCGCCGGGGGAGGCGGUAGGUUCCUCGUCGUCGGCGGGUACCCGACGUAG